AUGAAAAGCCCAGAAUAUUUAUAUCACCAUGAUGAUGGCGGCAAUAAUAAUAUUGACCUGAAUGAAAAUUCAGCAGAGCAGUACUAUAGUGAUGGAGGCAAUAGUAGUAUAGAUAAAAGCCCAAAACUUUUACACCAAUAUAAUAGUGAUAGCAGCAAUGAUAGUGAUAUGGAUGAAAGCCCGGAACCUUUAUCCCAGAAUAAUAGUAACAAUAGCAGUAAUAUGGGCAAAAGCCCGGAAAUUUUACAGCAGAGUAAUGACGGUAGUAGCAAUAUGAAUAAAAGCCCAGAGCAAUCAUACCAGAGUAAUGGUGGCAACAAUAUGGAAUAG